GCACAGUCUCCUUCCCGAUUUCAUAUAUCCAUCCUCUUCUCGCUAUUGGGCUUGACGCUGCAAUAGCCUUUCUGGUUCGUUCUCGAAGAAGAAGAAGAAGAAGAAGAAGAAGAAGAAGGUCGUCGAAGAUUUGAUUGAGAUGGAGGGUGCAGAAGAGCAGCAGAGCAAGUCAAGGGUCGUGAAGGUUGACUCUGCCCAAACAUGGGAUUCCUAUGUCAAUGAAGGCUGCCCAAUUGUGGUCCACUUCUCUGCAUCGUGGUGCAUACCUUCCGUGGCCAUGAACCCCUUCUUCGAGGAGCUUGCUUCGAGCUACCAGGAUGUUCUGUUCCUCACGGUCGAUGUUGAUGAUGUCAAGGAAGUUGCAAGCAGAAUGGAGGUGAAGGCGAUGCCAACAUUCCUGCUGAUGAAGAACGGUGCUCCCGUGGACAAGCUCGUAGGCGCCAACCCCGACGAGAUCAGGAAACGGAUCGACUCCUUUGUCCAGUCCACUCGCGAAUACAUUGCUUAAGUUAUCGAGUUUCUAGAGACUUGUGUACAUUCUUGGGUUUGCAAAGUUUUCGCAUUCUAUGUUCCCUUCUCUACCAGAAAUACCAAAUUAACAAUAGGUCGGCGAUUGUUCCCUUGUGGGUGUGAUCUUGUUCAAACAAAUCUCUUGAAAAUGCGUACCUGUUAAUUGGUUUUCAAUCA